AUGGCCGAGUUGACUCGAAAACUCGGAUAUAACUCAUUGAUUCUUUGCAUUGACGAUUUUCGCGGGUGGCCCGGGUUUCGUGACCGGUUUGGUUAUGUUGAUAUGAUAAACGGUGACGUGUUGUUGCUGUACCAGUUCAUGCAGAAUGUCAUUCACAAAAAUGCCACUGGGUCGGUUUUACCCAUCCCAUUUUCGAGCGUGUCAGUCUUGGAGAAAUUAUGCGAGUGGGGUGUAUUCGGUGAUCUGAUUGAGAUCGAUGCGGGUCAUGAUUUUAACUCGGCUUGGGCGGAUAUUAACCGGGCUUAUCAAAUCUUAAGACCCGGUGGGGUCAUUUUUGGGCACGACUAUUUUACUGCAGCGGACAAUAGAGGUGUGAGGAGAGCGGUAAAUUUAUUUGCUCAGAUGAAUGGGCUCAAAAUCCAAACUGAUGGCCAACACUGGGUGAUUGACUCCGCCUGA